GAUCAUUUAUAAAACAAAUACAAAAAAAGAUGUUGUUAAUGAGGCAGUCAAUUGGUGAAUAGUUCAAAGUUGGCAACCAGAGUGAAGUGUGAACUGUGGUUCCUCUUCCUUCUACCCAUUGAGAAGAACUGCCCUGCUCUGACAUAGUUCCCACUUGGUACUACUACUUAAUACUAGUCCAUAAUUUAUUUGGUUGAACUAUUGAUUUUGACACCUUCUUGGUGGCUACUGUACCCAGUGUUAAACAAGAAAAAACUUGCAAAAUCCCCAAAACCAUCUACCUAAAAGAAAAGCCAUUGAUUUUACAAAGACUAUUCUUUCAACAACAAAAAAUAAUUCUACUCCUUUUCCACGGCAUUCUUGGAACCUUACUAGUUUUGACAACCCUUUGACCUUUUCUCUAAUGACUGCUACAACCCAAAUGCCCCAAACCAAUAUUCUUACUAUUUAAACACCAAUCUUUUCAUUUUUUUGGUAAAAAACAUAGGAAAUCCCUUCCUUUUCUUUUUGCUAAAAGAAAAAACAAACAGCUUUGAUAAAGAUGAAAUUUGGUAAAGAAUUUGCCUCCCAAAUGGUCCAUGAAUGGCAAGAAGCCUACAUGGAUUAUAACUAUCUAAAGGGUGUGUUGAAAGACAUCUCAAAAUUCAAGCAGAGAAAUGCACCAUUACCUGAAGUUGCAGCCACCCCAAAAGGCUCCUUAAAGAGAAGGAUAUCUAUGUAUAGAGCCUUUAGUGGACUGCAAAAUAGAUUCAGUUUCAAAGAUUCACCUAGAAAUCCCAAUGAGGAUGAAGAAGUUAUUUUAGUGAGUUCACUGCAGCCAGAAGGCUCACAAGGACAUCAUCAAACUAUGUUUCUCAUGUCAUCUGAACAAGGUGGAGAAUAUGAGAUGGUUUUCUUUAGAAGACUCGAUGAUGAAUUCAACAAGGUCUUAACUUUUUACAAGAAAAAAGUAGGGGAAGUUAAGGCUGAAGCUGAUGAGCUGAGUAAACAAAUGGAUGCACUUAUUGCUCUAAGAAUUAUGGUUGAUAAACCUUCAAUUGGAAUGGAUAGUGCACAAGUGAUGAUGGAUUCUACAGCCAAUGAUGCUAGUUCCUUGUCUCCAGCACCAGUGGUUCCUACUCAUAUGAGAAGUCCAGGUAGGUCACACAUGGAGUCAAUUCAAGAAGUUGAGCUGACAGGUGAGGAUAUUCUGGAAGAGGAAUCAUCAGCAUCAGGGAAAAGGGAUGAAGCAAAGAAGAAUCUCUCGCGUUUUAGGCCUGCUCCAAUAGAGAUUUUGGACAAUGUCAAAAUCAAUAUUGAACCAGCAACACCUAUCUCGACUUUGAAAAAUGUGAUCAAGACUUCGAAUGCAAACUUAAAAUUCAGCAAAGACGAGCUCAAAAGAGCUGAAGAACAAAUGAAAAAGGCUUUUGUUGAGUUCUGUCAAAAGCUCCGACUUCUGAAAAGCUACCGUUUCUUAAACGUGUUGGCAUUCUCCAAGAUCAUGAAGAAGUAUGAUAAGACGACUUCAAGGAAAGCUUCGAAAUCAUACUCAGAUAUGAUUGAUAAAUCUGAUCUUGGUAACUCUGAUGAGCUUAACAAGCUCAUAGAAAGGGUGGAGGUCACGUUCAUAAAGCAUUUUGUCAAUGGAAACCGAAGGAAAGGAAUGAAAUCCUUAAGACCACAAGCUAAAAGAGAAACUCAUAGAGUAACAUUUUUCCUAGGUUUGUUCUCUGGCUGCUCAAUAGCAUUAGUGGCAGCUAUUAUUGUAGCGAUACGUGUGAGACACCUUCUAGAGCAUAAGGAUCGUCGGAAGUAUAUGGAUAACAUAUUUCCACUCUACAGCCUAUUCGGAUACAUUGUUCUCCAUAUGCUCAUGUACGGGGCGAAUGUAUACUACUGGAGGCGUUUCCGGGUCAAUUAUCCCUUCAUAUUUGGCUUCAAGCAGGGCACAGAGUUACGUUACAGACAAGUUUUCCUCCUUGCUUCUGGUCUUUCAGUACUUGCAUUGGCUGCUACACUUUUCCACCUGGAUAUGGAUAUGAACCCGAUAACAAGAAGAUAUGAGACUGUGAAAGAGCUGAUCCCACUUAUGUUGGUGUUUGUUCUUCUUCUGAUAAUCUUUUGUCCUCUAAACAUCAUAUAUCGUUCAAGUCGUUUCUUCUUUCUAAGAACUGCCUGGCACUGCCUGUGCGCUCCCCUCUAUAAGGUUACUCUUCCAGAUUUCAUCUUGGCAGAUCAACUAACCAGCCAGGUUCAAGCAAUUAGGAAUUUGCAAUUCUACGUCUGCUACUAUGUAUGGGGCAACUUCAAAACAAGAUCAAACACUUGUCAAGACAGCAAUGUUUACCAGAUCCUACUCAUAGUCGUUGCAAUUAUCCCCUUUUGGUCUCGGUUUAUUCAGUGUCUUCGGCGUUUAUUUGAAGAGAAAGAUUCGAUGCAGGGGCUUAAUGCCCUCAAAUAUUUCUCAACCAUUGUCGCUCUUGUAAUGAGGACACUAUAUGAUCAGAAGAGAGGAGUUUUUUGGAAAGUAAUGGCAGCAUCAACAUCAGGAAUUACCACAAUUGCAAACACUUACUGGGACCUUGUCAUCGAUUGGGGUCUGUUGCAAAGGAAUUCAAGAAACCCCUGGUUGAGAGACAAGCUACUUGUGCCAUACAAGAUUGUCUACUUUGUUGCCAUUGUUCUUGACAUUAUUCUGAGGCUAGUAUGGAUGCAGUUGGUUCUAGAUAUAAGAGAACUACCAGGUCUGCACCCAAAAGCAUUUACUGCAAUUGUUGCCUGUUUGGAAAUCCUUCGCCGAGGCUUGUGGAACUUUUUCAGGUUGGAAAAUGAGCACUUAAAUAACGUCGGUAAAUAUCGUGCCUCCAAGUCUGUACCCCUGCCUUUCAACUACGAUGAAGACAAGAGUAUGUAAAAGGCAAAUCAAGAGUACCCGAAGCACAAAAAAAGAUUUUCAUUUUGCUUUAGUUCCUCUUUUCUUGUACAUUUUUUUGAUUCAUGUGUCAAUGGUGCUUGUAAUGAAGUUUUGUUCAUGAAAUUAGACAGUUAGGUAUUGCUUAGCUUUUAUGUUUUGUAUCUGAAUUAUGAACUUCUCCUGUAAUCAUGUCUCACAGUAGUGCAUAAAAAAAGACUUGUUUGAUCCAAAA